AUGAAGUUAAUAUUCCACAGCGGUGUGGGCUAGACAGUUAACGCGGAGUUUAAACAGGCGGCCAUCAAGCGUCCCGGAUUUCAAGACCUCUCGUUUGUCUGUCGCGCCACGCAGCCAACUGGAGUGUCACCGUGGGUUCUAUUUACACCGUUAUGAAAAAAACCUACGGCCGAGAAAAACUCGGUGUCCGGGAUCGCAGACCGCCCACCCACAGCAGCCAGCGUACCCAAACGCCACACGGCGAAGUCCCGCGGCUUUCAGGAAACUCCGGGGAGGAGGGGGCCGGGUGGCGCCUACGGCGCGGGGGACGCUGGGAGUGUUAGUCUUCGCCGGCCUCCGGGGGCGGGGUCCGAGGGCGGGGCUCUCAGGCCGCGAAUGUGGGUCGGGCGCCGCGCGCCGGGGCUUGCCCCGGCGUUUCCGGUCGCAGGCGGGCUCUGGAGGAGGCGGGGCGCCGUGGCGGACGCGCGCGAGGCCGUCUGGGAAAAAGGGAGGUGUGAACGGGUGCGCGCGCAGCCAGCGGGCAGUAGCGGCGGAGAUGGAGGAAGGAGGUCGGGACAAGGCGCCGGUGCAGCCCCAGCAGUCCCCGGCGGCGGCCCCCGGCGGCGCGGACGAGAAGCCGAGCGGCAAGGAGCGGCGGGAUGCCGGGGACAAGGACAAAGAGCAGGAGCUGUCCGAGGAGGAUAAACAGCUUCAAGAUGAACUGGAGAUGCUCGUGGAACGACUGGGGGAGAAGGACACAUCCCUGUAUCGACCAGCGCUGGAGGAAUUGCGAAGGCAGAUUCGUUCUUCUACGACUUCCAUGACUUCAGUGCCCAAGCCUCUCAAAUUUCUGCGUCCACACUAUGGCAAACUAAAGGAAAUCUAUGAGAACAUGGCCCCUGGGGAGAAUAAGCGUUUUGCUGCUGACAUCAUCUCUGUUUUGGCCAUGACCAUGAGUGGGGAACGCGAGUGCCUCAAGUAUCGGCUAGUGGGCUCCCAGGAGGAAUUGGCAUCAUGGGGUCAUGAGUAUGUCAGGCAUCUGGCAGGAGAAGUGGCUAAGGAGUGGCAGGAGCUGGAUGACGCGGAGAAGGUACAGCGGGAGCCACUGCUCACUCUGGUGAAGGAAAUCGUCCCCUAUAACAUGGCCCACAAUGCAGAGCAUGAGGCCUGCGACCUGCUUAUGGAAAUUGAGCAGGUAGACAUGCUGGAGAAGGACAUUGAUGAGAAUGCAUAUGCAAAGGUCUGCCUUUAUCUCACCAGUUGUGUGAAUUACGUGCCUGAGCCUGAGAACUCAGCACUACUGCGUUGUGCCCUGGGUGUGUUCCGAAAGUUUAGCCGCUUCCCUGAAGCUCUGAGAUUGGCACUGAUGCUCAAUGACAUGGAGUUGGUAGAAGACAUCUUCACCUCCUGCAAGGACGUGGUAGUACAGAAACAGAUGGCAUUCAUGCUAGGCCGGCAUGGGGUGUUCCUGGAGCUGAGUGAAGAUGUAGAGGAAUAUGAGGACCUGACAGAGAUCAUGUCCAAUGUACAGCUUAACAGCAACUUCUUGGCCUUAGCUCGGGAGCUGGACAUCAUGGAGCCCAAGGUGCCCGAUGACAUCUACAAAACUCACCUAGAGAACAGCAGGUUUGGGGGCAGUGGCUCUCAGGUGGACUCUGCCCGCAUGAACCUGGCCUCCUCUUUUGUGAAUGGCUUUGUGAAUGCAGCUUUUGGCCAAGACAAGCUGCUAACAGAUGAUGGCAACAAAUGGCUUUACAAGAACAAGGACCACGGAAUGUUGAGUGCAGCUGCAUCCCUUGGCAUGAUUCUGCUGUGGGAUGUGGAUGGUGGCCUCACCCAGAUUGACAAGUACCUGUACUCCUCUGAGGACUAUAUCAAGUCAGGAGCUCUUCUUGCCUGUGGCAUAGUGAACUCUGGGGUCCGGAAUGAGUGUGACCCUGCUCUGGCACUGCUCUCAGACUAUGUUCUCCACAACAGCAACACCAUGAGACUUGGUUCCAUCUUUGGGCUAGGCUUGGCCUAUGCUGGUUCAAAUCGUGAAGAUGUCCUAACACUGCUGCUGCCUGUGAUGGGAGAUUCAAAGUCUAGCAUGGAGGUGGCAGGUGUGACAGCUCUAGCCUGUGGAAUGAUAGCAGUGGGGUCCUGCAAUGGAGAUGUAACUUCUACCAUCCUUCAGACCAUCAUGGAGAAGUCAGAGACUGAGCUCAAGGACACUUAUGCUCGUUGGCUUCCUCUUGGACUGGGUCUCAACCACCUGGGGAAGGGUGAGGCCAUCGAGGCAAUCCUAGCUGCACUGGAGGUUGUGUCAGAGCCGUUCCGCAGUUUUGCCAACACACUGGUGGAUGUGUGUGCAUAUGCAGGCUCUGGGAAUGUGCUGAAGGUGCAGCAGCUGCUCCACAUUUGUAGCGAACACUUUGACUCCAAAGAGAAGGAGGAGGACAAAGACAAGAAGGAAAAGAAGGACAAGGACAAAAAGGAAGCCCCUGCCGACAUGGGAGCACAUCAGGGAGUGGCUGUUCUGGGGAUUGCCCUUAUUGCUAUGGGGGAGGAGAUUGGUGCAGAGAUGGCACUACGAACCUUUGGCCAUUUGCUGAGAUAUGGGGAGCCUACACUCCGGAGGGCUGUACCUCUAGCACUGGCCCUCAUCUCCGUUUCAAACCCACGACUCAACAUCCUGGAUACCCUAAGCAAAUUCUCUCAUGAUGCUGAUCCAGAAGUUUCUUAUAACUCCAUUUUUGCCAUGGGCAUGGUGGGCAGUGGUACCAACAAUGCCCGUCUGGCUGCGAUGCUGCGCCAGUUAGCUCAAUAUCAUGCCAAGGACCCCAACAACCUCUUCAUGGUGCGCUUAGCACAGGGCCUGACACAUUUAGGGAAGGGCACACUUACCCUCUGCCCCUACCACAGUGACCGGCAGCUUAUGAGUCAAGUGGCUGUGGCUGGGCUGCUCACUGUGCUCGUCUCUUUCCUGGAUGUUCGAAACAUUAUUCUAGGCAAAUCACACUAUGUAUUGUAUGGGCUGGUGGCUGCCAUGCAGCCCCGAAUGCUGGUUACAUUCGAUGAGGAGCUGCGGCCAUUGCCUGUGUCUGUCCGUGUGGGCCAGGCAGUGGAUGUGGUGGGGCAGGCUGGGAAGCCCAAGACCAUCACAGGGUUCCAGACACAUACAACCCCAGUGUUGCUGGCCCACGGGGAACGGGCAGAAUUGGCCACCGAGGAGUUUCUUCCUGUUACCCCCAUUCUGGAAGGUUUUGUUAUCCUUCGGAAGAACCCCAAUUAUGAUCUCUAAGUGACCACCAGGGGCUCUGAACUGCAGCUGAUGUAUCAGCGGGCCAUGCAUCGUGUUGUCGAGGGUAGACACAGCUGCAGACUUCUGGGGGAAUUGUUGCCUCCUGCUCUUUUGUUACUGAGUGAGAUAAUGUUGUUCAAUAAAGACCUUUAUCCCCUAGG